UUUUUCAGGAUUAAAGUUUCCCGUAAUGCACGGGUCAUUAAACUAGUUCUUAGUCUGAAAAUGACUUUGGCAGGGUCUUUACUCUUUAAUAACCAGAUUAUCAAAGACGCGUUUCACUUUCACCUAUCAUAGUGGUGAUUUCAUUUUUGAAGUACUUGAGAUGAAUCUCUUGUAACUUUGUUCUUUAUCAAUCAAUCAGUAUUGCCAUAUUCUGUUUCUGGUGAUCAACCACAAGAAGAGAUCAACACAAGAGUCCUUGAAGACUUCUGAGUAACUUGGGAAAGCAAAUUGAGAAAGGGAGAAAAUUUGGAGUAAUACAACAUCACCUUGCACUUGCUGCCAUAUCUGUGCUUGUGAGCUUUAUAAUGGGUCAUCAGGGACAUGUUCUGACGACGAAACCAGAACAUCUUAGGAGGAAACUGGAGACAAAAGUUGAGCAAGUACAAGAACAAGUAAAGAACACAGUUCAAGUUGAUAGAACUGAAGGCGGUUGUUUUAUGCAGCUUGACUUUGAAUCAAGAGAAAGCACUUUCAAUGGAAUCUUGGAAGCCUUACAAGAUGAUAGCAUCUCCAGUGUGGCAGUGUACGGCAUGGGUGGAGUAGGAAAGACAACCUUAGCAAGGCAUGUAGGUAAAAGAGUAAAGGAGAUGAACAUGUUUGACCUUGUUCUACCUGUUCAUGUGACAACAGCUGAAAAUGUCAAGAGGAUUCAAGGUGACAUAGCUGCCGGGUUAGGACUUCGAUUGGGAGAGGAAUCCGAUCUAGCUGAAAGACAGAGACAACUAUCACUUAGAUUAAGAAAUGAAGAACAUGUACUCAUAAUUUUGGAUGACUUAUGGUAUAAGCUUGAUCUGAAAAAGAUUGGGAUUUUAAACAAUCACUGUAAAGUUCUCUUAACUACGAGAAGUCAACAAGUUGCAUAUUUGAUGGGAUGUCAACGCAGCUUUCAUCUAUUUCUUUUAACUUUGGAAGAAAAUUGGGAUUUGUUCAAGAGGUGCGCAGGCAUCCAUGAUGAUCGGUUCGAGCCGGACUUACUUGCUAUAGCAAAGGAAGUUUCAGCACACUGUGAAGGAUUACCACUUACCAUUUCAAUAUUGGGGUCAGCUCUAAGAGCAAGAACCGUUGACCUGUGGAAACAAGUCUUAAAAGAUUUAAUGAGUUCAAGAGGGAAGGGUUUGAAUUGGGAAGAUGAUAGUACUAAUUUUAUAAUCCAGAUAAUAGUGGUGAUCUAUAAUAUUAUACUUGCAAGCAAAGAAGCUAAAAUCAUAUUCUUAAUAUGUGGUAUGUAUCCAGAAGAUCAUGAAAUUCUCAUUGAAGAUCUGUUCCAACAAGUAAUUAGACUAAGGUUGUGCAGCAAAACUGAUGUGAUUGCAACCAUCACUAGCCUCAAGGACUCUAGCUUGUUGAUGCCUUCCAUUACAAGUAAAGACCAUGUGCUAAUGCAUGAUUUGGUCCGUUAUGCUGCUAGGAAGAUAAUCUUUAAAGAGAAACCUACCAACAGGGACAAUAUCAGUGAGUAUAUGAAUGCGCUUUAUAAUGAGGAACAUUUUCAAUGGCAAGAGGCAUUACAUCGACUUCUUUGUCGGUUGUUUGGUGCAACUGAGUAUCCAGAAUCUUCUUCUUCAACAAGUUCGGAGCUCCAAGUUGCACAGUCCUACUCCUCUACAAUUCCUAGGCCAUCAGGGAAGAUGGUGGAUUUUUAUGGAUUGUGUCAGGUUGACAAAUCAUUUCUGCCACUGCUCAAAGAAGCAUGCACCAAGAAUCCAAAUCUGAUAGAAAGCCAGAGAAAACACUCUGAAAUGUUAAGGCAGAGUGCUUUUGAUAGCUUAGGAAGGUUGUUGUUUCUGUUGCAUAAUGUUAGGAUUAGAGAUUGGAUAAACCAUAAACAAGAACUGCAGAUGUAUUGGGAGCAGGCAAAGCUCAUGAAGUUCGAUUUGGAAUGGUUGAGUCCUGCUAUGGAACGAGUCCUAUCUUCGGCCGAUCUUGCAAGGAUCGAAGCAUUGCGUGAGGAAGAGAAGUAUUGGAACGAAGAAGCUUCUAAGCUAAGAGAGAAACUCAAGAUUGUGGAGAAUAAAGCUGCAGUCAUUAGAACUGAGAUUGUCCUCACAGAGUCUAAGUUGGAUGGUUUUGCAAUUGGUUAUGGUUCGGAGGCUGGGGUUGUUUCCAAAGUCAGUCCUUGGAGGAAAAUUUUUCUAUUUAGAUAAUAAAAUUCUUGAGAUCUUAAUGAAUAUAGCUAGUGUAUUACUUAUUAUUCAAGUUAUGGCAUGUUGAUUUGUACUUCUUGUUAUUCACUUUUACUAGUUCUUCU